UCACAGCUGCUACACUCUUCUCAGGUGAAGGAACAGGUUAGUCUGCUGUAACUCAGUAACUAAGUACAUCUACUCAAUUUCUUCUCUUCACUUCGAUGACCUGCUGAAAACCCACAGGACGUCUCCAUGGCAACGAGCGGUCCUCACACAGUGUAGUUUGUGUAUGAAGUGUGUGUGUGUCCUGCAGUGUGUUAGUGUUGGUAAGAUGAGCAACAGCAGGUCCAGUUCAAAGAGUAACUCCUUUACAACACGUAAAGGACGAAUCUGCAGAGCCAAACUAAAGAAGUGGACAAAAGAUGAGGAUGAGAAGCUUCAGACUCUGGUGAAGGAGGUUGGAUCAAACAGCUGGUCUUUAAUUUCUCUUCAUUUCGAGGGUCGGAGGUCAGAUGUGGACUGUCAGCAGAGGUGGCAGCAGAUAAAGAACCCGGAGAUGGUUAAAGGUCCCUGGACUCAGGAGGAGGACAACCAGGUGAUCAAGCUGGUUCAUAAGUACGGCGUGAAGCACUGGUCGCUCAUCGCCAAACACAUGUGCAGCCGUAAUGGGAAGCAGUGCCGCGAGCGCUGGCACAACCACCUGAGCCCGAUGGUGAAGAAGAGCCGCUGGACGGGACAAGAGGACCUGAUCAUCUGUCAGGCCCACGAGCUGCUGGGAAACCGCUGGGCCAACAUCUCCAAGCUGCUGCCGGGCAGGACAGAUAACUCCAUCAAGAACCACUGGAACUCCACCCUGAAGAGGAAGGUGGAGACACAGCAACACACGCAGGUCCUACACCUCCACAGCUCCUCCUCUUCCACACCUGCUGUGACGACCCGUGUCCUCUCAAGCUCCGCCCUCAUCCCCAGCAAGGCGGACAGUGUGUCCACGCUGCCGGUGGACUCCAGCUGCAGCUGCUACGUCCACCUGUGCCACGCCUGUGCCCCCCCCUCCUCAGGCUACGGCUCUCUGAGCCUGGACGAGCUGACCACGCCCGCGGAGGUGAUGGAGCCGAACAUGGAGACCUGGAGGAUGAAGGAUGUCCCCUCGUCUGUCCCCCGGCACAGAGAGGACGCCGACCCGUCCUCCAUCAAUCUGAGCUAUGACGCAGAUUUUAGGGAGCAGCUGAUAAUCGAUGAGGACGCACCCUCUUCCUGCAGCCUGGUGGGGGCGCUCAACUUCUCCCCCUCUGAGUUCCUUGGUUUUUUAACUGUUGAGGAUCUGAAGUUGCAAUGUCCAGCUUUAAGCUCCACCCCCAUCUGUUCCCUCAAACACUCGACCAGCACUUACUACGACAACUCUCGUCUCCAUGGCAACACGGUGACGCCGUCAGACAUCACAGAGACGACCAGAGACGUGUGGGCGUCGGCUCCUCAGACACCGACGCCGCUGAAGAUCAGUCAGGACGAGGUUCGGGGCCAGAGUCUGCUGUCCUCCAUCCAGCUGUUCCAGGUCCAACCCGGGUCUCAGGGACAGUCCGGGUCUCAGGGACAGUCCGGGUCUCAGGGACAGUCCUGGUCUCAGGGACAGUCCGGGUCUCAGGGACAGUCCGGGUCGGUGCCGUUUGACAGACAGUUGGAAAUGUUGUGGUGCGAGACGCCUGUUGAUGAGCUGAAGUCUCCAGGGCCCCGCCCCCCCACGCUGACUCCCCCCCAGCUCAGUGACCUCCAGGUGGUGAUCUUUGGGAGGACAGAAGAUCAGGUGAUUCUGACGGAGCAGGCCCGACUCUACAUGGAGACAAGGGGGGGGGGGGGCUUCUGUAGUUACCUGGUGCAACCACAGGGGGCGCCUGCAGGUGUCACAGCGACCGGCACUGACCCCCUCCUGACCAGAAGGGGCGUGGCUCUGGAGGAAUCCCUGCCCUGUCACAUAAAGAUGACAUCAUCAUUGUGUUGCCGCUGUGUGGAGCUGUGA